GCCGCGUGGACCUGGGGCUCGGGAGCUGGGAGGACGGGGCCCCUGGGCCAUAGAGAGGAAGGGGUCGGUGGCUAGAGCGCCCCUUGGGUCGGGGGCUCGAGGGGCCCCGCGGGGCCCGGGACCAGCCCCGGCUGGGGGCCGCGGGGCCCUGGGCGCGGCGGGCGGAGCCGGGCCUGGGGGGCUGGAGGGGCCGCUCGGAGGGACAGUGGCCAUAGAGAUGCGCGGCCAGAAGGGCCGCUGGGGCGCCCCGGGCUGUAAAUACCGGGGGGGCGCAAAGCGGGGCCCGGCGCGGGGGCCUUCCCGGGGUUCGCCCGCUCAGCGGGGCCUUGCACGGCCAGGCCUGAUGCGGCGGGCGGUGAAACGGGGGGUACGCCGGGCCCCUGGGCCGCCCCGCCCCCAGAUCCCCGAGCCGCUGCGCCCCGUGUCCCCGCCGGGCCCCUGGGCCGCCCCGCGCCCGGGAGAUCCCCGAGCCGCUGAGCCCCGUGUCCCCGCCGGGCCCCUGGGCCGCCCCGCGCCCGGGAGAUCCCCGAGCCGCUGAGCCCCGUGUGCCCGCCGGGCCCCUGGGCCGCCCCGCGCCCGGGAGAUCCCCGAGCCGCUGCGCCCCGUGUCCCCGCCGGGCCCCUGGGCCGCCCCGCGCCCGGGAGAUCCCCGAGCCGCUGAGCCCCGUGUCCCCGCCGGGCCCCUGGGCCGCCCCGCCCCGCGCCCGGGAGAUCCCCGAGCCGCUGAGCCCCGUGUCCCCGCCGGGCCCCUGGGCCGCCCCGCGCCCGGGAGAUCCCCGAGCCGCUGAGCCCCGUGUCCCCGCCGGGCCCCUGGGCCGCCCCGCACCCGGGAGAUCCCCGAGCCGCUGAGCCCCGUGUCCCCGCCGGGCCCCUGGGCCGCCCCGCGCCCGGGAGAUCCCCGAGCCGCUGAGCCCCGUGUCCCCGCCGGGCCCCUGGGCCGCCCCGCGCCCGGGAGAUCCCCGAGCCGCUGAGCCCCGUGUCCCCGCCGGGCCCCUGGGCCGCCCCGCCCCGCGCCCGGGAGAUCCCCGAGCCGCUGAGCCCCGUGUCCCCCCCGGGCCCCUGGGCCGCCCCGCGCCCGGGAGAUCCCCGAGCCGCUGAGCCCCGUGUCCCCGCCGGGCCCCUGGGCCGCCCCGCGCCCGGGAGAUCCCCGAGCCGCUGAGCCCCGUGUCCCCGCCGGGCCCCUGGGCCGCCCCGCCCCGCGCCCGGGAGAUCCCCGAGCCGCUGAGCCCGGUGUCCCCGCCGGGCCCCUGGGCCGCCCCGCCCCACGCCCGGGAGAUCCCCGAGCCGCUGAGCCCCGUGUCCCCGCCGGGCCCCUGGGCCACCCCGCGCCCGGGAGAUCCCCGAGCCGCUGAGCCCCGUGUCCCCGCCGGGCCGCUCUGGGCCCGCCGCCAGCCCUGUGGCCCUGCAGCGCUAGAUCGGCUCCGGUCACGGGAGUGGUUGUGUCGAGCAGGCUCUAGACCCUGCUGUCCCUCGGUGGUUUUACACUGGCCUCUCUAGAGUUUCUUCCACGUUUCUGUGGCCCCUCUACCUCCGCUUGAGGGAGCGGGGACUUGAGGGGAUAUGUGAGCGUGACGGGGACAGUCAUGCUCCCACUCCCGCUUUCCAGCCGUGACAGCAGGAUGGUGCUGCCUGGAUGGACGCAGGGCAGAGCGGGACUCUGUGGCCCAGUCGCCACCGUGAUGGUCUGUGCAGCGCUGAUACAGAUCACUUGUUCGCAUGAGGAUCUGCACCACGGGCACAGCCACGCCGGGCACAGCCACGAGGAUCUGUACCACGGGCACAGCCACGCCGGGCACAGCCACGAGGAUCUGCAUCACGGGCACAGCCACGCCGGGCACAGCCACGAGGAUCUGCACCACGGGCACAGCCACGCUGGGCACAGCCACGAGGAUCUGCACCAUGGCCACAGCCAUGCUCAUCACAGCCACUCGCACGAGGACUUCCACGGCCAUGGUCAUUCACAUGAGGACUUCCACGGCCCCAGCCAGGCCGACUUUAGCCACCAGCCCGAGGAGGGCCGUGUUCCGCACUCAGCUGAGGGGUCCCCGAGCCACCAGCAGUUGCCUGGGAAGGAGAGGCAGGACUUGAUCAAGCUGUGGACACACGCCAUCGGAGCCACCUUGCUGAUCAGUGCCGCCCCCUACUUCAUCCUCUUUCUCAUCCCCGUGGAGUCAAACACUUCCCAGCACCAGGCCCUGCUCAGGCUGCUGCUCAGCUUUGCCUCGGGGGGACUCCUGGGGGACGCCUUCCUGCACCUCAUCCCCCACGCGCUGGUGCCCCAUUCCCACCACGCGGAGGGCGGCCAUGCCCAUUCUCACUCCCCCACGGUGUCGCCUGGCCAUGGUCACUCCCACCAAGGGCAGGAUCACCAGCGGAUGAUGGCUGUGGGGCUCUGGGUGCUGGCUGGCAUCGUAGCCUUCCUGGUGGUGGAGAAGUUUGUGAGACACAUGAAAGGGGGACACGGCCACGGGCACAGCCACGGCGGGCACAGCCAUGCUACCAAGGCGAAGAGCAGCUCUGGUGAGGAGGACAACGGGCCCCAGGAGAGGAAGGCUGGCAAGGUGCGUGCCCCUGACAAGGCAGCCCCCAAGAAGAGGGGCCAGGAGUCAGAGGAGCGGACUCAGGAAUCUGCAAUGAAGGUCUCGGGGUACCUGAACCUGGCGGCUGACCUGACGCACAACUUCACGGACGGGCUGGCUAUCGGGGCGUCGUUCCUGGCGGGGGCCGGUGUGGGGGCCGUCACCACCCUCACCGUGCUGCUGCAUGAGGUGCCCCACGAAGUGGGCGACUUCGCCAUUCUCGUCCAGUCGGGCUGCAGCAAGCGCAAGGCGAUGAAGCUGCAGCUGCUGACAGCGCUGGGCGCCCUGGCGGGCACGGCCUGCUCACUGCUGGCCGAGGGCAUCGGGGAGGCGGCCACAGCCUGGAUCCUGCCCUUCACGGCGGGCGGGUUCAUCUACGUGGGCACUGUCUCGGUGAUCCCGGAGCUGCUGCGGGACGCAGCGCCCCUGCAGUCCCUGCUGGAGGUGCUGGGUCUGGUCUGCGGCGUUGCCAUGAUGGUGCUCAUCGCGCAGUACGAGUAGCAGGCCCCAGCGGGGGGCGCCUGGGGGGGGGCGGUGGUGUGUGGACCCAGGUGUCCGGGAUGGGACUCCAUGUGGACUCCAGGGGCAGGGGGUGUGGUGGACCCUGGCAUCCGGGACACAGUGGGGAGGGGAGUGGGGGCCAGCUCUGCAUGGACCCUGGUGUCCAGGAUGGGGGAUGCUAUGUGGGCUGUGGGGGGGAAGCCACAUGAAUCCUGGUGACCAGGGUGGGGGGACGUGGACCCCCAUCCCAGAUGCCUGGGUCCACACAGAGCUUCCCCCCAGGGCAGGGGUGCUGUGUGAGCCCUGGGGGUUUCUGGGGGGCAGGGAGGCUGCAGUGCGUGCUGUGGGGAGAGGGUGGCAUGGACACUGGUGUCCAGGUGCUGACACUCUCUGGGAUUGGGUGGUGACGUGGACCCCGGUAGCGGGGCUGGCGCAGUGCAGGCUCCGGGGCUGGGUUAGACCUUGGGGCAGGCACCAUAGAGACUCCAGAGAUAUGAGGUGCCCUGUAGACGCAGGCAUCUCUGCUUGGGAGAGGGGGUCAGCCGCACAGCCCCAGCAGCCAGGGACAGAGGAUGGCCCAGACACCAGGGUGGGGGGAAUCUCAUGGGCCCCGGCAUCCAGGGGCAUCAGCUGAACAGGGAGUGUGCGAACCUGGGGCGGGGGAGAUAAUGUGAUGCUGUUUGAUUUGUUUUCUGGGAGGGUCAAAAACCAAGUCCCUCCCCACCUCCCCGGCCCUGUAUGUCCCCUAGGGGGGCAGCUGGGCCGCCCCUUCCUUUGGAAGGGGGAAUUUAUGGAAGUGAAUCCUCUGGGCCACAUCAGGGGUUGGUUUGGAGAAGAUGGGGAGAAAAGCCCCUGCCCUCUGGACCACGUGGGGGGCUACAUGGGGGGUUACCCAGAAUCCUUUGCUUCUUGGACCAGGUUUUAUUGGGGUAAUUACCCAGAAUUCUCCCCCACAACCCACCCUGUGUGGCCCCCAAACCAGAGCAGCUAUCCAGGCUAGUUCCAUAUGGGGGAGCUGCCCUGAGCCCCCCACCACACUGGGGACCAAGGGGGACAGAGUGGGGCUAAUCAAGACACUGCUAGGGGACAGUUUCCCGACAGAGGUUAUUUUGGAGGGGACUGGGGGUGAUUUUGGGGUGCAGGGGCUUUGGUGAUGGAGGGGACAAGCAGACCCAGUCAUCUGGGGCUGCCAGGAGAGGGGAGGAUUGGCAUGCAGACCCAGGCAUCGGGACCUGGAGGAAUUAGCACGAACUGCAGGAUCGAGGGGGGCCAUGCGGACCCAGGCGUCCGGAGCUGGAGGGUGAAUCACAAGCACCCAGCUCGAUGGUGUCCCUAUUGAAUGGUAUGUCCUGGGGGAGGGACUGUUAAUUGGGGGUGACUUUGGAGCCUGGUGGUUGUGGGGUCAAUUACU